GGGUUUGGCGCUCUCCUUCCUUCCUACGCUUUCCCUCCGUCGUCUUCAUCCUCCAGCAACCAAGUUCCAGUUACAGAACAAUGGAGAAAAGUGAAGGCACAAGUGAUAGUCAACGGCCAUGGCAAUCUUAUCACACUGUUUACACCAACGCGAAAGCAGGAAUGGAUGGGGUGGAUAAGGAGAAAGUGCAAAGAAUAGUGUAUGAAAUGAGCAAGGGAUCGAAAUAUUUUGAGAAUGAAGAACGCAAAGAGGCCAUUAUGAAGCAGAAAGUUGAGCAUAUGCACUCUCGAUGUGCAAAGUUAACUCCAGCUGAUAUAUCCCAUUAUCAGAAGGUUGCAGAUAAAAGAAUUGCAGAGCUUGAAGCUACAAGGGAUCUGUCAAGGAUUUGGUUACAUGUAGAUAUGGAUGCAUUUUAUGCGGCUGUGGAAACUCUGAGUGAUCCUUCAUUAAAGGGCAAACCAAUGGCUGUUGGUAGCAUGUCCAUGAUCUCUACGGCUAAUUAUGAGGCACGUAAAUUUGGGGUUCGUGCUGCAAUGCCGGGUUUCAUUGCUCGCAAAUUAUGUCCAGAUUUGCUUUUCGUUCCCCCUGAUUUCAAGAAGUAUACCUAUUAUUGUGAUUUAACUAGAAAAGUUUUCAGGAGCUAUGACCCUAACUUCAUGGCUGCUAGUUUGGAUGAGGCCUACCUUGAUAUUACUGAGGUCUGCAGAGCAAGGGAUGUAACUGGUGGAGAUAUUGCUGAAGAACUCAGAUCCAGAGUACAUGAAGAGACUGGUCUGACAUGUAGUGCUGGAGUGGGGCCAAACCGAUUACUAGCAAAGGUUUGCUCAGAUAUAAACAAGCCAAAUGGACAGUUUGUUUUACCAAAUGAUCGCAUGGCAGUAAUGACAUUUAUAUCCUCUCUUCCAAUAAGGAAGAUUGGAGGCAUUGGUAAGGUCACUGAAAAUGUUUUAAAGGGUGUUUUUGGAAUCAGUACAUGUGAAGAGCUGCUGCAGAAGAGUGGUUUCCUCAGUGCACUAUUUUCUCAUUCAACAACUGAUUUUUUCCUUUCUGUUGGUCUGGGGCUUGGAGGAACAGAUACCCCUCAAGUCAGGUUUCGGAAAAGCAUCAGCAAUGAGAGAACAUUUUCAGCCACAGAUGACUUGAAUUUGCUUUAUCAGAAACUAGAUGAGAUUGCGGAGAAUCUAUCAGCCGACAUGCAGGAAGAAGGGCUUUCUGGAAGAACACUAACACUUAAACUGAAGACAUCAUCUUUUGAGGUUCGCACAAGAGCUUUGACUUUGCAGAAAUAUAUUUGCUCAAAGGACGACAUCUUAAAAAGUGCCUUGAAGCUGUUGAAGGCUGAGCUUCCUGUUUCUUUGAGACUGAUAGGCCUGCGAAUGUCUCAUUUUAAGGAAGAAGAAAAGGUGGCUGUUCCUUUCGACCCCACACAGAAAACUCUGGCUGCCUUUGUAAGAGCUGGGGAUGCUUCUAGAAACAAUUUGGAUGAUGAAAGUUCCUUGGGGUCGGUUGAUGAACUCCAUUUGAUGAAUGAAAUGGAAAAUGACUUCCGUCUUGAUCAUCAUAAAAUAUGUCAUCAUGAAUCUGGAGAUCCACUUGACAGCAACCAUUUAUCAGAUUUAAAUUGCGGCAGUUGCAAUUCCCAAAAAAAUGUUGUUGAGCAGGAAAAGAUUCAUGAUCCUUCUAGUGAUGAAAUUGCAGGCGAGGAGAAGACAAUAGAUGCACAGCCAAAAGGUAAACAAAUGUUGCAGUUGUUGGAAACAGAUUCUUCUGUCCCAUGGGAGCUCAAGAGCUGCAAUCUUAUUCGAGUGAAUGGAAACACAGAUAUUCAUGCUCAGACAAAUGAUGUGGCUUCAUCUAGUCUAACAGAGGACUUAGUAUGGGUGGAUGACUAUAAAUGUUCAUUAUGUGGGAUUGAAUUACCAUCAAAUUUUAUCGAGGAGAGACAGGAGCACUCUGAUUUUCAUCUUGCUGAGAGACUUCAGAAGAAGGAAUCUGGAACUUGUCCCCCAGUUUCCACGCGGCAAAGGAUUGUUCGGAAGGAGGAGAAUACUGCAAACCAAAGCCGACAGAAGAAGCGUAAAUCAGCAUCAACGAAAGACAAAUAUCUGCCGAUUGACACGUUCUUUGUGAAGAGCAACCAGAAUUUCUAGUGCUGCGGUACGUAUCUCUUUUAGUCCUCUAUGUAUAUUAAUUCUUCGUCCUACAGCAGUUGUAUAUAUCAUUGUUUAUCGAGUAACACUUGUGUUAUGGACAUGUCUUCCGCUCAUCAGUAAAUUAGUUUACAUGAGUGAUAUGAUUUUGUUUGGUGAGAAUCAAAAUCAACAUAUUUAGAGUUU